AUGAGCGAAAAUAGUGGAAAAUGGUUUUGGAAAGGCAAAAGAGUUACUCAAGCAGUUUACAAGAAACGAUGCAAGCAAACCGAGAUAGAAAAAGGUAUAAGAAAACGACAGAGCGAGAACAUGCAAACAGAUACAGUGACAGACUUGGCAGCAACAACAACAAUAAAGUCUAAUAUCGAAGGACGCAGAAUAAUUCAUGUAGAUACUUUGGCGCAACAAUUGUUCUGUAUUAAAUGUGGAUCAACUUUGUCUUUAGUUGACUGUGUUAAAGAAAAAAAAAAGUUUAGCCUCUAUUUUCUACGUAAAAUGUCGAUCAUGUCAACCAAGGCUAUGGAGCCUUAUGGUGCUGUAAAACUCACCAAAGAUAAUGAUAUUCUGUCUAGUUGUAAUGUUGAAGUAGGUACUAUAAUUACUGACAAUGAUAGCAGUGCGAUUGCCGCUAUGCGCAAUUCUCUUAAUUAUGAGAUAGUAAAACAGGCUGACAAAAAUCAUACGAGUAAGGGCGUUACUAAAGCUUUAUGGAAAAUCGAGCCUAAAUUCAAAGAACUAAAUGGUGACAGCAUAAAUUAUUUGGAUAAAUGUUUCAAUUAUUGCGUUUCUCAAAACAUUGGUGACUCUCAAUGUAUGGCCGAUGCUGGACGAAACAUACCAAAUCAUAGUUUUAACUUGCACGCAUUAUGUGGUCCCUGGUGCAAAUUUAAAGAAAAUCCUACUUCCUAUCAUCAUAGUGUGAUUGGUGAAGGGUUCAAAGAGGCAAAUCUUUAUAAUGCUUCACUCGAAAUUUUUGACGACUUAGCUGAUAAGGCACAACAAUACUCUGCAGGUGCUUCCACCAACCCAAAUGAAAGCAUGAAUGCUUCAAUUAUAUAUUUAUGCACAAACGCCAGAGUUCAAAAGGCGACGACUAUUUUUGAUAAAAAAGAAAAUAAGCUUAGAAAGAAAACAGCUUUAACUGAGGGAUGUACCUAUGAAACCGAAUGCCAACUUUUGAAGUGUCUUGAUGUAUACGUACCCAUAGCCAGUUUUUCGGAAGACGUUCAACCAAUAAUAGUUCUAUUUGAUUUAGAAACUAGUGGCUUUCGCAAAACUGCAGACAUUUUACAAAUAGCUGCUAAUUCGGUUGAAUUCGGUGAAUUCGAGUUUUCAACGUAUAUACGACCAAGUGAGGCUAUUGACGAAAAAUCAAGUCAGAUUCAUGGAUUGCGUUACAUAGAUGAUCAUUUAGAAUGUAAUGGUAAAAUGAUCGAGACAGUUUCACUUACAGAAGGUAUAAUUGGAUUUUAUGAGUUUCUUUACCACUUGAAUAGAAAGUGCAUUUUAACAGAACAUAAUUGCAAAUUCGAUUAUCCGAGACUUAUUCUUGCAAUAAAUAAAGUCUUCAUGAUAGAUCGUUUCAAAUCAGUUGUUGAAGGAUUUUCUGAUUCGUUACCUCUUAUUUCUAAGCGUAAUAAGGAGAAGGGCAAGGGUGCAAAUAAACUAGUCAAUCUGGCUGCUACUUGCAAAAUAGAAACUGAAGAUGCUCACAAUGCAAUUGCAGAUGUUAGAAUGUUGCAAGGUAUUUUAUUCCACUUUGAAAUAAAUGAUAAAAGUCUGAUAGAAUCAGUUCUUACGUGGGACAUGUUAGAUCAAAAGGAAGAUGAGAAAAAAAAAAGAAAAAGCUAA